GAUUACUACAAUUAUUUAAUAUGAAAGAUUAGAACAAUGAACGUUUUUCGGAUUUUCAUUUGUUUUUCAUUGAAUCAAACUUAAUCCUCAAUACAUAUAGAAUGAAUGAACAACUGGACAUAUACGAACAAAUAACACGUAAAAUUUGUUUUCAUUGUUACCAAUCUGAUUUCUUUCGACUUUCGUAAAAGUGCCUUUUCAUUUUCACUGAUAACUUAUGUAAUAUGGUAACGCGAACCUACUUACAAAUCAAUAAUGAUGGUUAUAUCUACCAGCAACCUGUAUCAUACUUCACACCGAAUACACAAAAUUUCCAACGACAAUGGAAAAGUCAUCAGAAUUUACAUGAAUCACGCUUGCUUAAUCGUCAUGUAUCUGAUCAGUACAUUACUAUACCGACAACACGUUUCAAUAAUGAUUCAUAUAAAAAAGUAAAUGGAUGUUAUAACAUCACUUUAAGUAUCAAUAAUACUACUAAUAAUAAUGAUACUAGUAAUCACUGUAAUAGCAAUUAUAGUAUUAAUAGUGUAAACAACAAUUGUGUGCAACAAAAUGUUUACAAGCCUCUAUCAAAUUUAUCUGACAACAUCAAUAAUCAUCGUCUAGUAUCAAAAGAAAAUUCCUCUACCAUGAGGUUCGGUGAAAAAUUACGUUCUACAUCCCUACCACCAUUAUUACAUACUACAAAUUAUUUUACUCCACAAAAAUCAAUAAUUGCCAAUACUGGCCACACUUCACCAUCAUUGGUCAAUCAGAUGUGUCAUAAAUUCUCUUCUACCUCCGCAUGUCAACACAGUGGUGCAGAUUGGGAAGAUUGCCGUAUUAGUAUAGACUGUUUUGGUAUUAAAGGAAAACAUUGUAAAUCAAUAAGGCACCUACACAAGAAUUACAGUUAUAAAUUAGCACCACAAACGCAUUUAUCAUCAACACGUAUUGGUAACACACAGAAUGGACUGAAUGAUAAAUAUUUACUCCCUUUACCAAUAAGGACACCUUCUAUUCAUUUAGAAAAUAUAAAGUUAAAUAAAACAUCCCAAUCAAUAAGAUCGCAUAGUUUAUGCGCUAGAUCUGUCCGUCUAUCAAUUAUACCGUUAAAUCCAAUCUACAAAAGAUCACCAUCGUUAUUAAGAAGAAAACAGUGUUUAACAAAUCACACUAAUCAGUCGAUAAGAACUAGAACUACACCUUGGAUUAAUUCAUUUGAUUUACACAAUUAUCAUACAGUUCUUCGCAAUUGUUGGCGUAAAAAUUUAAUUCAAAGAAUGGCUUUCAAAAUUGAUGAUUUUACAAUCCAAGAAGAUCAAGUAAAAGUUGCCAAAGAUGUUUUCAAACGUUUUGACAAAAGAGGACAAGAAAAAAUUAGCACCACUGAUUUAGGUCCGGCUUUUCGUGCACUUAAUCUUACUGUUAAACCAGACACUUUGAAAGAAUGGGCUGAUCAGGUUGAUGACGAUGCUACCGGAUUCAUUGAUUUUAAUGGAUUUCUAAUUUGUUAUGGAAAGAAACUUCAAGAAGAUCAAGAUGAAAGAGAUUUAAGAGAUGCAUUCCGAGUUCUGGACAAAAAUAAACGUGGAGAAAUUGAUGUUGAAGAUUUAAGAUGGAUAUUAAAAGGUCUAGGUGAUGAUCUUACUGAAGAAGAAAUAGACGACAUGAUUCGAGAUACUGAUACCGAUGGAUCAGGAUUUGUCGACUUUGAUGGUCAGUUUAUUCAUAUAUAUAUUGGUUGUUCGAAUCAACCCAUUGGUGUUGAGAACUGCAAUUGAUCUAUCUUUUAUUGACAUGUAUGCAUCCUGUACGAAUUGCCUCGGAACAGCCAUUCAAUCACAAGCAUUUUAAGCAGAAAUGUAUGGUAGGUAGCUGUUAAGUCUAGGAUGAGCGUUUUAUCCUAUAUGGGAUUCGUCACAUGUACAUAUCUGCCGCAUCCGAAUUAAUGUUCACUCCGGGACUCGAACCCACUAUCGUUCACCUCAAACGUCAACGCGUCAUCUACCUAGCUCAUCUACUUAGUUCAAUAAAAUUAUUUACAUUUGUAGAAUACAAUUUUUCAACACUUAAAUUUUUCGUCAGUAAAAUUAUCCCAACAAGUCAUCAAUCGGAUAGUUUCUGUUCUGAAAUAUUCACAUCCACUUUAAUUCUGAGUUGUAAUACAACACAAUAAUAGGCUGUAAAAAUUAUCUAUACAUAUCUAUUUUAUGAUUAACUUGGCUGACAAAGAGCAUCAUCAAAAACCACUAGAAGGUGUUUUCAGCUAAUUUAGAGAUCAAAAGGCUUUUAAGCAACUAAUGAUACGUAAUAUUAUGAUUAUUAGCGAUGUAUUGAUUAUCAUAUGAACACAUUGGUAUAUCAACUGGAUAACGCCACUCUAAUCAUUAUAAACUGCCAAUAAACCCUGUUUGAGUUAUGAAAACCGUCGUAAUUUAGUGAACCACUGAUGGAUCAGAUGCCUAUAAUAAAGUUUUAGAUCUGGAAACUAGUAUGAGAUUCUGUAGCAGUUUGCACCCAUAAUCCCUCCAUGAAUCAAAUACAGAACCGUCUGGGCUCAUAGAGGGUUUAAUACAAUUAGCUCCAACUUCAGGUAAUGAACAUAAUUUGUGAUCUUUCGGUCAUGUUACUCAGCUUCAUACUAGAACGACACAUCCGUCCAAUAUUUUUGGUUUUCUAAUUAAUAAAUCUUAGUAUUUAUGUUCACACAAUUACUCGAAUCUAGUAUUUUUCACUUUACACCGUUAUAGGCUAUUCAUUAAGCCCAUUAACUGGUUCUAAUUGCAUAAAUUUAUAUAUACAUGGCUGUAUAAAACUGAAUUUUAUUUAACCUUUGUUGUCAUGUUUGUGUAUCUUGAGUAUAUUGUUGCCUUAAUACUAGCAUGUAGUUAUGAAAAAAAAGAAGUUUAUCAUCUUCUAUUAACGUUCAUUUUCUCCACCGAAAUUAAACUAUCUGUUAUAGAUUGUUGUCUUGUAAUAUUUAUCAUGAGAUAAUAUCGCCAAUUUGAGACACCAACUUAUACGACCAAACCAGUGACCCAUAAAACCUGUACAAACAGCCUAGAGUUCUUAAUGAACAUUUGAGAUAGUAACUUCUCGCCUAACUCAGCCAGUUCAAGACAGAACUUAAAUACCAGCCUUCGUUACAUGAGUCAUACAUUUCAGACAUACUAUGUUUAUAUACUAGUGAUGAUGUCACAGGUAUUCAGUGUUUGACAACGCUUCUACCAGUAACACCUUCUAAUAUAUUUCGUUCCCGCCCAGAGAAAUCAAAAGACAGAGUCGAGGAGAUCGGAAGAGUAUAUUUGGCGAUGACCAAUAUAUCGGAAUUCUCUGAUCUAAUCUGGCUAGCGAUUGCGGUUGAUGUUGAGCACGGCGUUACCACACGUGAUCUGGUGCGGAUGACUGACCGAGCGCCUUCAGCUAGGUGAGUCCACUAAAACAUAUGGUCAGCAUCCAAUGUCGAAAACUUAGUGCUAUUUAUUUUGGGGAUUUAUUUACCGCUACAGAUCACUCCCCCCCUAGUGGGGCAGUGACGACCCUAAGACAUGGCCAGCCAGAAGUUUAAACCCAACGAGUUUGUCGUUGGUAAACACUCUUCUGAUAGCUUACUAAAUUUAGCAGCGUCUGGUCGUCUUUCCUUACUAUAUGGGACGGAGGUACAACAUAGUAAAAAAAGAAAAUGUACAUGGAAAAUUUCGGAUCCUCAUAAACGUCAUCGUUCUUUUCCAGCCGUCCUGGAAAAGAAAAAAGAAAAUGUAAGUGCAUGUCGAAAUACACUCGUAUGUGCGUCAAAGCACAAUGUCGGCGGAAAAAAAAAUGGAAAAUAAACUCAUGAACACGUAAUAGCGUUAAAAAAAUUGUUUUUUUGUUUUGUUUUUUUUU